AUGCGGGGGGUGACGCAUGCCUAGGCAACCACGUGUGCUAGGUGCCGGGAUACAGGUGGUCUCGGUCGUUUACUCGCUGGACACUGCGGAACCCACGGAGGCAGGAGGCGGGCUGGAUCGACACACACUAACUGUGGGAAGCUCAACUUCCUGGAUGGGAAGCAGGAAGUCAAGAAAGCCAAAAUUCCGUUACUUUAAUUGAACACCGAGCGGUGAAAGACAGGUGGUUUUCCACCUGUUCGUCUAGAUGGAAAGCUCAGAUUCCGAAGAUGAAGGCGACGGAGCGGAGAGCCUCGGCGGAAGUCAGACCGACCGACUCCUCCGGGAAGAAGAUUUCUUCCGAUUCGUAAAUAAUCUGACUGUAGAGGAUUAUAAACUUAUGCGGGAUAACAAUUUGCUUGGCAUCCCAGGAGAAAGUACAGAAGAAGAACUGCUGAGAAGACUUCAACUUCUUAAAGAAGACGCACCACAAAACACAGAUGAAAACACAGGUGGGGGAGACUCCUCAGAUGAUGUGUCCAGUGGUGACUCUCUAAGAGACUGGCUUAACUCUGUUACACAAACUGAACAUGUGUCAGGUGAGCAAAGAGAAAACCAAUCUUGGAGAGCAGUGACCCAGAUUGAUCCAAACAGUGAAUAUUCCAAAAUAAAUUCAGAAAGAAAUGCUAACCAUAUCGCUGAGAGCUGGAGUAGGGAGAAUGAAUAUGCACCAUCUCCAAGACUUCAUGGAACUGAAAAUGCGGAAGAUAGCCAAAGCCAAAUGGAAAAUUCACCGUGUGAAUCAAUAUAUACAAAACCAUUUAGGUGUGAACAAAGCACAAAUGUCUCAUUAUUGGACAUCCUACCUACCAAAGGUCAGAGGAGAGCAAGAAGCAGAAGCCCAGACCAUAGAAGAACCAGAGCUAGACCUGACGGUAGGUCACCUUCAGAUUUACUGAUUGAAAUCACAGAAGGAUUUCCUCAUGGCAUAAGACCUUGGAAUUUUCAUGAUCUACGGGGAAAUGAAAUUGAAAGAUAUUCUACAACUCAGCACCAAGAAACAUCCAGACAGCCAGUAACUACACCCGAGUUGCAAAACAGAGGUUCCUCUGUAACCUCUGAAAUAGGAAAUGUCACUCAAGAUGAAUAUUCUUCAGACUCAGACAGCAUUGGUGAUCCUUGGGGAUCAAGGUUGAUGAAUUCAGCUAUACUCUCUGAUACAGAAGAAGGAAGAGUUCCAUCUAGAGAAAAUUAUCAGGAAGACAGCAUAGUUAGUAGAACUCAGUUAACAUCUGAGAGACCAAACAAUGCUGAGACAUUAGAAAGUGAAAAAGGAAGACUUAGCCGUAUGUUCUCACAUUCUGAGCAGGCUGAUAGGAUAGCUUAUGACAAUACCAAUAGACUUUCCCUUCACAGACUUUUAAGUUCUUGUUGCAGUGAUGCAACAUCUUCUGCAAUUCAGAACACAUCAGAGCAGACAAUGACAGGUUUUAGUGACUCAAGUAACCAUAUGGACACUACCAACAGACUUUCCCCUCAUAGAUUUUUAUGUUCUUGUUGCAGUGACACAUCUGCAAUUCAGAACACAUUGGAACAGACAAUGACUGUUUUUACUGAUUCAAGUAACCUUAAGGGCAGUACCAACAGACUUUCCCUUCAUAGAUUUUUAUGUUCUUGUUGCAGUGAUGCAACAUCUUCUGCAAUUCAGAACACAUCAGAGCAGACAAUGACCGGUUUUAGUGACUCAAGUAACCAUAUGGGCAGUACCAACAGACUUUCCCAUCACAGACUUUUAAAUUCUUGCUGCAGUGACACAACAUCUGCAAUUCAGAUCACAUCAGAGCAGACAAUGGCCGGUUUUAUUGACUCAGAUAACCAUAUGGGCACUACCAGCAGACUUUCCCUUCAUAGAUUUUUAUGUUCUUGUUGCAGUGACACAACAUCUUCUGCAAUACAGAACACAUCAGAGCAGACUAUGACCGGUUUUAGUGACUCAAGUAACCAUAUGGAUAGUGACAGUAAUUUGGAGCCUAAUGUCUCAGCACCAAGUCCAGGCAUAGAAAGGACAUCAUCACCAAAUGGAAGAGAUGGUUCUGGUAAUAGUACUUCUGAUAUCAAUGCAAUUCCUAGAAUUUAUUUCCAUCCAUGUUCGCCAUCAGUUUCUAGAUCGAGCUCCAACUAUGCUCCUAGUUCCAGUUCUACUCCUAUUUCUAGUUCCAGCUCCAGUGAUAACAUUUCAGUCAUCAGUUCACAGCUAUUUGAAGGCAAUGAUGAAAGGAGCAUAUCAGGAUUAUCAGAGUACACAAUAGGGAGUAGACCUAUGUCGCCGGUAAUGUUUGACGAUGGUGACUCUUGGACCUCCCUUAAUCUGGAUCACUUUUUCCUCUUAGAAGAAGAUCAGCAUCAAUCUACAGGUCUCACCAAAGUCCAAAUUGACAACUUGGCUAUAAGAUCAUUCGGUGAAACUGAUGCAUUGAAACCCUGUAGCAUAUGCAUCACAGAGUUCACAGAAGGCAACAAGAUCCUCACACUACCUUGUACCCAUGAAUAUCACGUACACUGCAUCGAUCGCUGGCUGUCAGAGAACACUACCUGUCCUAUUUGUCGCAGGGAAGUAGUUGAUCCUGCUGAGAGGGAAAAUUCUAAUUGAGAUACCAAUUCUCAGCUCUAAAAGCUGUUUUAGUGAUGGGCAAAUGAUGCUCACCUGACAACACUCACCUGUCUCACGUCCAUGUUUGGAGUAAUACUUAAAUAUAAUAAUCUGAAUGUAAACUGAAAAUUUUAUGCAAUAAUAUGAACUGAAUCAUUAGUUGCUGAAGGAAUUAUUGGAUUGCCCCCCAAGUUCUCCUCAAUAACAAUAGUAAAUGUUAACAGUGUGAACUGAAUUAUUGGUUCCUGGAGGAGUUAUGGACUUUUCUCAAUUUUUCUGUUCCAUAAUGGAAAGUAUUAGAAACUCAAUAUUAUCCUUCCUGACAAUAAAAAUUAU